AUGGCGGAGGAGCGUCAUGACGCAGUUGGCCGCUUUCUCUUUCCUUACGUCAUGAGUGGGCGUUUCUGUUCGGUUGUGACCAAAGCUGCUCUGAUCGAGACGUGCCGAACAAUUCCGAGUAAUGAACGGCUGAGAGUGCGUUACCUGUCCACAACCUUCACCAUGUCUGCCUCCGUGUGGAUCUGCCUGCUCAUCUGUACCCUCACGGUCACGGCUGGUGAGUUAUUUAGCCGUUUGUAAUCGUGAUAACGUUAAGGAGCUGCGCGAAUAUCAGUAAGCCAACGCUUUAGCAUGCUAAUGCUAGUUGUGACCAUUUGAGACUAUGCUAAGCUAACAGACAACUCAAUGUGAAACAGGAAAACAGAUAGUGUGCUCAUGAUUCAACAGACAGGACUCUCAGUAAACAGAUAGUUCAGUUUAAUGUAGACUCUGAAUAUCAGUGAUGCUAUAUGAUAUCCUCUGAUUCUGUUCAGUUCUUCAUAUAUAGCUCAGCACCUCAGAGGGAUACACUGGUUUUACUUUUUGUUUUCAUACUGUUACAGAGUAUUACAGUGGAGCUGCUGUGACAUUCCUAACUCUGCCCACACACUGCCCAUACACUGCUGUUUGAAUAUUAUAAUAUAUUUAUAUACCAGGGCCCGACCGAUAUGGAUUUUUUGGGACCGAUGCCGAUACCGAUUAUUAGUGAGGGGGAAAUCCGAUUAUCGAUUAGUCAGCUGAUUUUUUGAAAUUUUGUAUGAAGUUUUAAAAUUUUGUUAAUUUAAGUAAUAUAUCUACAAAUUUACUUUUUUUUAAAAAAAAAAACAAAUGUCCGCUUUUGAGCCUUUCAAACACUUCUGCAAAGAAUUAAAGGCAGAAAGCUAAUUUCAAAUCAUUUUUAUUGCUAAAACAACUGAAAAAGAAUUAGGUAUUUUGUGCAAACAGCUAAAUUAACUUCCAACUCAAAAUGAGGAACACUUGGUAUACUGCAGGUUACUGCUCUUCAUGCCGACAGGAAGACCGACUGAUCAUCUUAGUAAUAUUCCACAUAUUGAUCAUGAAUCAAACUCGGACCAGAAAAGCAUUUUUAAACGUGAAACCGAAUUUUUUUCUCAGCAUUUUAUUUCUGAAAACAUUGGCGACAAUCAAUGCGUUUUGGCCGAUUACAGAUUAAUCUCAGGGCUAAAAUUGGCCUAUUUAAUCGGCUAUACAAUUUUUUUCUCCCAGGAGAACCUCAGCUGUCAGUUUAUGGGUGCAAAAAUUAUGUAAAAUGAAUGUAACAGCAGAUUCAGAACUAUCAAAGUCAACCAAAAAACAGUUGUUUAUGACACUCCCCGAAGCAUUUCCUGUCUGGGAUGAGACAGAGGACCACAUCAUACUGCUCAAAAUCUCUUCUUUGUUUGUUACCAAGGAUUGAGGACCAUUAUUUCUUAUUUUGCAGGCAAGCAGGGAACCUUCUUGUCUCUUAUUGAUCUUUGGUUGCUUAUUCGUACCGUCAAGGGAACAAUAGAAGAAGAUUAUGAGACCAUGUAAUUGUUAUAAAGUUUGACAAAGAUGUAAUCAAAACAGCUUGUAAAACCUGGGAGACAUUAGCGGCAUUUAGCGAUAACUAUCUUCUUUUGAAUCACAACAAUAGGAUAAAUAAUCAUGUUUUCACUGGUAUAUCACUGUAGAUUUACCAUCAAAAGUCUCUGAUCAAACACCUAUAUUUGUGACUGGAUUGUGAACCUUGUGGCAGGUGUAGAAAUGCCUGGAAACCCUCAAUAGAUCACCAAAAGGGUAAGCUUUUGAACACUUUUUAUCCCAUAGAGAUACACGCAGAAUUGCUGGCGAUCCAGCGGGGUUCUAAGUGCUAAUUUUCUCUGUGAUUAAUGAGUCUUAAUGAGAAGUAUUACUUUAACCAAUGAUCACAGGAUAGUUUGCUUAUUAUCUCUGUGUAUUGUUUACUCAGACUCUAAAGUUCAUCUUGUCAGACCAGUUCCUAAACAAGGAUUCUAUUUACAGACUGGCAGCAAGUCAUCACAGUUACAACCCUGUAAAUAUUUGACUUCCCUGCUUUAAAAGAAACAAAUAGAUUUGAAGUUGGUCUAAAGUCAUGGGAGUAUGAUUGCAAAAGUACCACUUCUUUUAGCUUUUAGCCUUGACUUUGGAACAACCAGGAGGCUCCUACUUGGGGGUCUCGGGCUGCAGACUGGUCCAACUGUGUCAACCGUUCUGAUAUGUAGUUUGGAGAUAGAUCUACACCUGCUUUAAAGAUGAUCAGUAAAAUCAGCCCUUAACAACAGGGAGCUAAUGAAGGAAGUUCAGGUGAUGUGAUCCGUCUGUUAACACCCAGUGAGACGCAGAGCUGUUGCUGUCUGAACCAAUCAGAUACAGGAGAGAGUUUUAUGGUUAAUGCUGGUGAGGAGUGAGCUGCAGUAGUCCAGACUGAAAGGAUAAGUGCAUGGAUUCACAAUUAGUCACAUGAUUCAUUUGAUUCUUUUUAAACAAUAGUUUGGAAUCCACCAUCAUACACAAUAAAACCCCUCACCCUUUCACUCGUUACCAUUGAUGUUUAAAACAAUGAGAGAUUUUAUCAGCCAGCGACCCCAGCGUGUUAUUACAUAUCCGGUCUUUUUAUUUCUUCCUCUGUUUCACCCAUGGGCUCUCUCCUGACAUCCUGAGAUUGUAAAAAUAGAUUUUUGGAGGCCCUGGGUUUGAUUGAGAGAUGAGCUUAGUAUGUAUUAGAAGUUUCAUUUCCUUAAAUAAAGUUUCUGGAGCACUCAGACACUUUGUCUUCUGCUUUUUGAAACUUCGAGUGAUACCAGCUUUAAUAGACAUAAAUGCACAGUCAGAAGGAGACCACCCGUGUAUGAGGAUUUAAAUAGAUACUAGGGGUGUAAUGGUACGUAAAACUCAUGGUUCAGUUCAUUUUCUGCUCAGUAUGGAAUCGCUUGACUUUUAUUAAUAACUCAGAACUUCCCUUUUACACUGUCUAAAGUGCAGCAGUGAUAAAUCAGCCUUGCAGGUCUGCUUGGAUUUAUUUCCUGACCUCUAAUAACAAAAUCUUACAGUAAAAAUCAAAAUAGUUUAAUGCUGCAAAUAUACAUCCAUGUAUCGUCAGACCUAUAGCAGAUUGCCUGGACAAGUUGUACACAACAGCAGCUUUUGUUUGUUCCUAAAGAGCUGGUAUGACUUCAUUUCUAAAACCGCAGAUAUCAGCAAUGAUGGGGGAAAAAUUGUAUUUCAAAAGACGCAGCACAUUAGCCUAUUUUUAUCAGGUUAUUUCCAACACUUUACACAGUACGAAUUUUCAGAGUUUAUUCUCAAACUCACCUUAUUUACCGGGAUCACUUUGCCCCCCUCACCCCCUGCACACACCCCUUCUUUAUGCCCACAGCAGCCGUCUCCAUCUUUAUCAGCAGAAUUUUAAAGAAGUUACAGAAGUUGAGUUUUUCACACAUAAGUAGGUUUUCAUACUGCAUACUGGAGGCAGCAUGUGGAGGAUUAUAAUUAAAAUCAAUGAGGUUUCAUUAACGAUCAAUGACUCUGGGUAACCCAUGUAGGGAGUAAAGACCAAAGGAGACGCUCACUUCUCAAGUCAUCAGGGGUUAUCGAUGGAUAAUAACUAAUAAUGGAUGAAAUUUACACACAUCUAACGAACGCGUCGGCGCAUCCAGUUUGAUUUGUUCAGGUCACUGCAGGCUGAUCCUUAUAAUGGUUUUACAUUCCUUUAAGGGUGUGAAUCUGACAGUGCUGCGAGCCAGCGUGCUUAACCUGAUGACAAUCUGUAGUGUAGGUCAAAGUCCUCAUCAGGAAGCAGCAGACUAAGCUGACUGCCACAGACUGACUGAUCGUGGGACCGAUGUGCUGUCUACUUAGGUUUUUUAUGAAAAAUUCAGCACUAUCGGGUUCUACAAUCUAGAGCUAAAAUAAUUUUAAUUAGUUAUUGUUUAACUUCAUUCAUCUAAAAAAGGUCAGUUUCAAUUUUUUAACUUUCAAACUUUUCAAAUCUGAAAAUCUGACGCUUUUCUUAGCCUGUGAUUGAUCUGUGAAGGUGGUGACCACUCACUUGUGUAAAAUAAAUUAUGUGAUCAUUAUUUAUGUGUGUGUGUGUAUGUGUUUGUCAGCAGCAGCAGCAGCAGCAGCAGCAGCAGAACCCGCCCCCCCACAGGACAUCUCCAUUCUGACUCUGAACACAAACUACACCCUGACCUGGAACUGGAACCAGAACCAUGCAGACACCUCUAAUGUGACUUUCACCACCCAGUACAUCCCGUAAGGACCGCAGCACUGUAACACACUUACACAUGCUCCAAACGGCCCGUUUACACACCUGUAACACCUGUUCUAACGGUCUAACUAACACUUUUUCUGUUUACAGAGCUGAACAUGUUUUCAUUGUCUCUGCUCGUGUGCUUCCAGGGCAUAUAAGUUGGAUUGGGGCCGAAAGGAUUGGUACGAGGCAUGUGAGGACUCUCCACACAAGUCAUGUGACUUGACAAAGUUUAACCUGUACUACAAGACCAUCUACACUCUGAGAGUGCGCACCAACGUGAAUGGGAGGCACUCAGAGUGGAUUCAGAGCGAGUUCUGCCCAGAAACAGAUGGUGAGAUGGGGGGGAAGGAUGAGAAUGUAGAGGGUAGAAACAGAGGGAGGGAGGAGGUUUUGCAGCCUGAGUGUAAACAGCCAAACUCAGUCCCCUUUAAGCGUGUUUUCUCACUUGGUCUCUCACUUGAUUACUCAGCAUUUUUUGUCCAUAUGUGAACACGCCGACCGUACUCGAACCCCUUUAAAACGAACCGUACUGAGACCACCUCUGGAGGCACUCUCAGUACGGUUUGCUAAAAAGUCUGCGGUACGAUUCGCUUAAUCUGCGCAUUGUGAACACAAAGUGCUCGGGUUCACUUAGCUUUUUUUGCACUGCGUUAUAACCUUCUUUGCUUGCCGUAGAUUGGUCACGUGACUGCAGCUGGGAUUACUCAGAGCGGCAGAGAACAGAAAGAACACCAAAUCUAAAGUAUGACAGAAACUAAGACAGAAGUACGUGGUACUCAUGGUAAAAUGCUCCAGAGUACCUAGUGUGAACAGAAAGAGGACUGAGGACCCAUCAAAGCUGAACUGGACCAGAAAGAGAACCCAGUCCUCUUUGAAGUAAACUCACAAAUUGAACACAAACAGAACUGAGUUCCUUUGCUUUUGGUCCACAUACAGAAAAACACCCUUAGUUUCAGGAAACACACCACAGUUUUGGUCUGUGGAGUCACGUGCCUUCAAGUGAACCACAAACCACCGGAUUUUAAACAAACACUGAGAGCUGACUGAGGUGUUCACCCAGAGAAUUCAUCCUCUUUAAUAGUCCUCUGACACCUGUCUUCUCAUGUCAUGUUAUUAGAGCAUCAAGUGAGUUAAAAAUAAAUGAGGUUAAAUAAACUAACACGAUCACACCACAGCAGCGACUUAUCAGCCAGAUUUUCUCACCCCAAAGCAUCAUGGACUAAAAAAAAGAUCCUUUUUAUCCUUUUUUAUUAGCUGACGUGGGUCCUCCGUCCAAAGUGGAGCUGUCUCCUGCAGGAAGUGACCUGGAUGUCAACAUAACCGACCCUCUGACCAGCAACAACACCUCCAUGAGGGAACACCUGUCUGACCUACAAUACAAGAUCCUGUACUGGGAGCACUCUGAAGAUGCUCAGGUAGGGUAUAACACGCUGAGGACACUCCAGCACCUUGAAUCAUGUCUAAGAAGUUAGUUUGUGUUUCAGACGGGACCUGUUUCUGUUCCUGUUAGCCUCGGCGUUUAAAGCAGCUGCCAGGAAAAAAACCCUCACACAGAGAGCUGGUCACACUUCUUCUUUUUCCACAGUCCCUCCAGACGACUUUUGAAACCACUCAGACUGCAGUAAAGUCAGUAGUUAACUGUCUGUUCAUGCUCCCUCAGGGAAGGAGUUCUUCUGUUGAGUGGGUGUGUGCCUAAGAGAUAUCUCAGUAGGCUAGAAAUGACAUCAAUUAAACGCCGUGGUAAUCAAAGUGUAUUGUCUUACUUGCGGGAGCUGUCGUUCCUCAUCAGACAGGUUUACAGCUAGACCUGUUGCCUUUUUUGUAAAAGAGCACCUGGCAGGAAACAGCAGCAGAUCAGAGCUGCUGUUUCUUCUCUGUUGAGAGGUUUGAGAUGCUUUCAUUCAAACAGGAAACACCCCACUGAGGUAUGCAGGGUAACAUGUACCAACCACACUUACCGCAAAAACAGAGAGGUGCUCAGAAGACACUAAGAGACAUUGUGAGAGGAAGGACCAGAGACAACACAAACAAGAGGACAGCGAGUGGUUUGAUAUAAAACCACUCGUCACAUAAAAAGAAGACAUUUUAGGAUUUAGAAAUUUUAAAGAUUUCAACAUUUUAACGCCAUUUUCUGACGAGAAUAAAGUCAUGGUAAAAUCAUUUCCAACGCUGGUACCUGAGUCAACGAUGAGCCACUUAGUACUGUUUAGAAGGAGAUUACUCCACCUCUCAGCUGUUUACGCAGGCUUUUCAGAGACCUGAUACUCAUCACAAUGCGGUGUUGAGGUGUCAAACCAUUAAAGACAAUUAAACCAGACGCUCCACGUUCCUUAGAAAGCUGACAGCUCACUGUCUACCACUUAAAUCUCUGAACAUAACUCUACUGUGACUUUGUUUUUGUUUCAAUAUGACACUAACCUGGCAACAUUAUGACUUUUUUCUCUACUUAACACUUCUUUUUGUCCAAAUGAAAAAAUAUUCAACCCUAAAAAUAAUUGUAAUUGUGCUGACUAGUCUCUCUCUUGCCAUACAAAAGUGGAAAAGGUUAACACUGGUGCCGAUUGACGUGCGUUCGCUGACGCAUGCAUGAGGAGAACUCAUGUCAAAAAGGGUGUUUAUUACAUCAAAUUGAAAUCGAAGCAUAUUACAGUUUUUCUGCCACUGUUAAAGAAAAUGUGCUCUUCCUCAGUCAGCGACACCUGUCACUGGUUUCCUCCCCACAUAUAACUUUGAGCUUCCCUCGUACAACGGAAGUUACCAAAAUAAACAAUGAAGCAACUCAAACAAGCAAGCAUAAAAAAAAAUAUUUAAUCUGGCUCCUACAUUAGUCUUUAGUUUUUUUAUUUUUUAUUUUUUAAUGUCGCCUUAAUACUCUGUCCUAGAGCAUGGGAUCACCCAAUAUUGCCUUUUCAAGGUGGACGUUUUGUUUUUGGUCGUGAAAAAGAGUUAAGUGCAUCGUCAUUCGAAAUUUGGGUCACGACACUAAUGACCCAAGUUUGGAAUCCUGUCUCAGCUGUAUGUGUCUCUUGUCUGUCAUCUCAGAGGUUUAUGUCUGUCCUUCCUCAGGUGUUGAAGCACCAUGAGGUGGUCAGCAGUGCAAACCUAGUGACCCUGCCCAGCCUUAAGUCCUGGACCUGGUACUGUGUCAUGGUCCAGACCAGAGGAGAUGAUUAUUACAACAAGAGCAGCCGCUUCACCCCCCCUCUGUGCAAGCAGACUGAAGGUGACACACUCACACAUGACAAAGAGAAAUCAGACUGACACACACAUACACACACACACGUACCGACACACAUUCACACACACACACACACACAGUGCUGUUCCACCCUGUCCGCUUUGACACCACACAUCCGAAUCUUUUUCCACCAUUCCCCCCUCAGUGGGAGGAUCAGAGGGGAAACAUUUUCCUCUGUAGCACACUGUACCACCAUUUUGUGCACGAUGUUUCCUGUGUGACUCAGCAAAAUUGACAACAACACGCUGCUCUCCCUCUCCCCGUCUGUCUCAGGUCCUCUCCCCUGGUGGCAGAUCCUCCUGUACUUCCUGGCCUCUUUGCUGGUCUUCUUUGUGCUGGUGGUGGUCUUUUUCCUCGGCUCUUUUUGGUGCUACAGGACCGUGAAGGCCACACUGUUCCCGUCCAUCCAGCUGCCUACACACUUUAAAGAGGUAUGGAGCAGAGUCUGAUCCUGGAUCAGAUCCAUGUUAGCAGAUCAUUCACCUGGUCAUUCAGUCUGCAGACUUUUCAUUUAGCAAUAAUUAAUCCGGUCUCUCUCUUUCUUUUCCCGUCCUGCAGUACCUCUGUGACUCCCCUGGCUCUGACAUCCCACGCCUCCUCACCCCAGACCCAGAGGACGAGCUGCUGUGUGCGAAGGUGACCGUUUGUCCUGGAACCCCGGUGCUAGAAGUCCACCAGCCUCCUUUUGAGGAACUGGAGGAGCUGGACAUCAGGUCUGUUUACAUGAAAUGUGGGCGGGGCUUCUGUCUUUGGUGACGUCAUCAUGUAACAGUUUGACCAUAUUUGGCAGGAACGGCAUCGAUGAAAUGAACAGCUUCAGAUGAGGGUUAAAAAACAGGCUCAGAAAAGACCUAUGUGUGUGCGUCUGAUCUUGAAAAUGUUAUUUUUAUUGACGGUGUUAUUAGGUGUGUGUGUUUUUGUACUUAAUUUUAUGUUUUUGUUGUUGCGUUGGUGUGUGUCACAGCACCUCUAACCUCUGCUUGUGUGUUUUGUGUUGUGUUGUGUUGUAAUGUGUGUUUACAGACACAGCCGUCAGAACAGCAGCGGCAGCACCGACUCUGGAGUUUACUCCACAGAAGGCGGAUCCUCGCAGAGGCCACAGCCCUCCUCCUGUGAGGGGAGCGGAGCCUCCAUUCAGAGCACCUUUGACCCCGUGCAGGUGAAGAUGAGAGACAUAACCCCGAAGAUCAGGGGUCAGCUGGAGGUCACAGAUGAAGGUGUUGUGGACGUUAGCGUGUGAAGAGGAGAGAGGGGGAGGAUGCCUAAAAGGUGUGCCUUCAUCUCCACUGUGAACCCACCUGGGGAGCCAAAUUAUUUGAGUGAGAGACUCGCACUGAGCAUGCUCUGAUGUGAGGAAUACCUGAUGUGCGUGCUUGUGUGCGUGCAUGUGUGAGUGUGCAUUCCUGCCGUCAUUAUGAUUCUUAUAGAAUCAGGCUAUUAGUGUGAUCUGUCUGUUUGAUGUUUAAUGUUUUUAUAUUUGGAGGUUACACUCAAAUUUUUAUCAUGAUUUGAUUUUCAUCAUGUUUGAAUAUAAACUUGUCAGCAGUGUCUGUGGUCUCUCUUUAUUAAACACUCAGCUUCAGAGAGGUCUGCGGCAGCUUUCACGACUUUGUUCAGAUGUUUAGUCCAAGGUCACAGUGAAACCCAGGGAUGAUCUGAUUCUUGGAUUUGUUGAUCACCUCUGCAGGACAUUUAUUUCUCCCUUACAGUCAGGGUUUUGUUGCUGCAGAGAGCCUCAUGUACAUAUUUUUGGAUGUCGUGUCAUACUACCAUUAUUGACCACAGCUCUCCUUCUCCCAUUAUCAACUUGUUCUUAUGCCUUCAUAGUCAAUUUAUGUUGCACUAUUUUCACUUUUAAGUUGAAACGUUCUCACUGUGGAUUUUUUAGCCGUGAGGUAACUAAUGCAAAGUAACUGCACUCUUGUUGUCUGCGCUCAGUUUCCAACAGCUGACGAGAAAGGAGUGACAGGAUUGGCUUAAAAUCCUGACCAGUGAAAAAAGGUCAAGACUUCUUCUUCCACUUUUUAACUUCCCGUUUAAACAUUUGAGGCAGAGCAAUGAGAUAUGGGGGACAUCAGAGGUCACUGAAAGAGUCUGAGUCAGUCGGACUAAGAACUGAUGCAAAGUAGCUUUGGCCAAUCAGAAUCAAGUGUCUAAGCCAGGUGAUGAUGAGUUAUUUCUGUUGAUCAAUGAGGUCCUCUGUGUUUGCUCAACAUCUUGUUGCUCUAAAUGUUCCGUACCACAUGUUGCCUCAACAUGUUGGUGUCUGUGUUGCUGUAAAAUCUGUUCAGACUGAAAAUAAAACCAUCUUAAGCUUUCAAAACCAGCA